AUGAGCCAACCAAAUUUAACGUGUUGUUACUGCCACUCUGUCGAAGGUGUGUUAGAAUGCGCUCAAUGUGGGAAACGUAUUUGUAACGGGGCGUUGAGCAACUCCUCGAAGUGUCAAUUGCUUGUCCACAUAAUUAAGCGUCAACACUUUUCGAUUAAAUGCAACGGACUUGUGCUUGCUUGUACGGAGUGUGGGGACACAAAUGUUUUCAAUUUAUUCUUUGAAACAGAUACCCCGAUUUUUUAUUGCAUCAAAUGCCUUAAGAAAAAGCCGGAUGACUUUAGAAAGGCGUGUCAGUACAACCUUGUUAACGACGGUGCGAUAGAUUUAUCUAACAUGCAAUUUCCUCACAGUCCUGGUGUAUGUAGUUUGGAUGAGGUAUAUAAAGAGGAAGGUAUUCAAGAUGAAACGUUUGAUUUAAUUGGGGUACACACCACUAAUAGAUACAAUAACACCAAUAUAUAUGCGAAGAUAUACAUCAAACUACUUGAGUUUGAAGAAGAGAAUAAAGGAUGGGAAGAUUCUACUGUUCAAAAGUCGAAUAUCAAAUUUGUUCCAAAUGAUACAGGAACGAAGGUUUACAUUUCUAAACAAUUGUUGUGCUUUAUAAAUGCACGACCAGCAGACAUGAUCAUACUUGUUGGUGGUGGAGACAAGUCGCCCAUAAAAACUGAAACGCGGGAAGAAAUUGAACAUAACAUUAAAGGGUAUUUCCCACGUGCAGACUUUGUUGUGUUCGGACACAUUAAAACAAUCAACAAAACGUCUGUCUUGGAACUUGACCCAAUGCUUUUUGGAGGGUCAGACUUGUCGUCGUUGAUGAACACAAGCAGUGAAUUUAUGAAUUACUCGAAGGUGUUUCGAGUGUACUGUUACAAGGCCAAGAACUCGUUUCUGAAUUCGAAGAAGGUCAUGUCUCAGUUUGGCAAUUCUCAGUUGACUGAUUACAAAAAGGCUAUUUUGGGCAUUCAGCAAUUCACAAAUACAAACACCUUCACUUUAAACGACAUCAACACAGACUUUUCAGGGAGAACACUUGAUUUGAAUGACUCACAAAAGAACGCUGUAUUACAAGGACUAAACUGUAAUUGUUCACUGAUUGUGGGACCGCCAGGGACUGGUAAAUCCACAGUGGCUGUAGCUUUAGUUCAAAAUUUGAUGGUCUACAAACAACAUUUUGUCGAUGGUAUUGACAUACAACAGAAGAUACUUGUCUCUGGGCCAAGUAAUAAUGCAGUGAAUGCGCUUUGUGAAAAGCUAAUUGAGAAUGAUAUCGAGUGUGUGAGGAUCGUUGUGGACAACAAAUACACAAAUAUGUCGACAAAAGUCUUUCACAAGACAUUGAUGUAUAAAGUGUACACAUUCUUGUUAAAAACUUUUCAAGAAGUGGACGAUGUCAAUAAAAUUAAUGUCCGAAAAUUUUUGGAUGUCUUUGAGAGAAAAGUGCAACAAUUUUUAACAGACUCGGACAAAGACAAAUUGGCGUCUUUGGAGUUGAUAUACAACACUACACCUGAGAUUAAACGAGACUUCAAAACCUUUAACGACUUUCUUCAAACACAAGACGACGCUUUAUGGAACAAAGUCAGUGGCGGAGCAGAUUUCAAUGACGACCAAAUCAUCAGAAAAAUAAUGAAGAACUACCAAGAUGUAAUUUUGAACGAUUGCGAAGUCGUUUGUGCGACUUUAUCAAAGCAAAUUUCAGGAGUCAAAUUUUGGUGUACCAUCGGUGACGAGGCCUCACAAGCACUUGAACCAGAAACUCUUAAAGCAAUCAAUGAAGUCAAAAAAGUGGUUUUGAUAGGCGACUUUAACCAACUGCCGCCUACUGUAGUCACUACAAAAGCUAAACAAGGCGGACUUGAUUUGUCAAUGUUUGAGAGACUCAUACAGAACAAAGUGUUUACCACUUUACUUAAUGUACAGUACAGAAUGCACCCGGCGAUUUCUUCUUUUCCAAGCAAGAACUUUUAUAAAGGGAAUUUACAUGACGGUGUCACCGAGCAACAGAGAAGCGACCCAAGACUCGACCACUUUUUCCCAGUCGAACACUGGCCUGUUGUGUUUAUCCACCACGAAGGCAAAGAAAGCGUUGGAGAGAACGGAGCGAGUUAUUACAAUGUCAACGAGGUUGGUAUAGUCACUGCAGUUAUUGGAGAAUUAAAGAACCGAGGGUUUCAGGAUAGAGAACUGGGUAUCAUCUCGACUUACAACUCACAAAUUCAACUGAUAUCGGAGAAUAUUGAAAAACAAGGGAAUAUCCAAACGAGUAGUGUGGACAGUUUCCAAGGCUCUGAGAAGGAAAUUAUAGUGUUGUCGUGUGUGAGAUCGAAUGAAAGACUUGGAAUAGGGUUUGUCUCGGACCACAGAAGAAUGAACGUAGCACUCACUCGAGCUCGAAAAGGGUUGGUUGUUGUUGGUAAUAUGAGAACACUCUCCACAGACCAAAACUGGAGGAAGUUAAUUUUGACUUAUGGGGAAAAGCAGUGUGUUGUGUCUUUGCAAACAUUUCCAUUCAAGUUCACGAAAAUUCCAAUUCAAGUCAGCCAAACGAUCAAAACAGAAGCUAUUCACCAAGUAUUAUAUAGUAUCGAUAAUAAUUUGGCAUUUAAUAAACAAGAAAGGGAACUUCAACAAACACAAGAUACACCUUUUAACAUUCCUGAAAGUCUUCUAAAAAACAUCCCAAAAACUGUUUUUAUACCUGAGUUACAUUCGGAACAAACACAACUCAAUGUUUCACAACAAACAUAUCAAAAACUUAUUAAAACGCCUUACCCUAAAGCAGUUGAUAUACCACAACCUUCACCAAUUAUUAAACAAACGCGUAACGUUGUUCAAACUCAACUUGUUCCAAUCGAUAAUUAUAUCGAAGGUUGCGAUGAAAUGAUUCAAUUUGAAGGGCAUACACUUAAACUACAAAUUGGUAAAGGUGCCCCAGAAAGCUUUGAUCUGAACUACGAAAUUGAUGGACCAAGUGAAAUAAUCAACCUCCAACUUACAGUUAAAUGUGACGGUAAUGGUAUUUACACACGACGCGGGGGCGAUGUUUAUCGGCAAUUGUUAUUUUUAGACUACCUCAACGGUGUUAGCAUAGACUUUCAGCAACACGUAUUCAAUGGUACAGACAAUGUGUUGUUGGGCUUUGAGAUCCAAUCUGCAGAUAUCAGGUAUGAUGGGUUUGGUCUUCCAGUUCAAACACCAAAUGGGUACCAAAAUGGUGCUUUAGUGUUUUGUGUGCGUCUUGUGACUGAUCAGAAAGACUUGUCUCCCGAUGACAUUGAACUGAAUCAACUCGCCUACAACAUCAAAUUCAGAGAAUUUCAUUAA